AUGGGAGAUAUUGAGAUCAUAGUUUAUUAUUAAUGUCCAAUAGGUUGCUCGUCAUGUGAUAAUUCUGGUAAUUGUUCUGCUUGCAUUUAAAAUUAUAAUUUGGAUUAGAAACAAAAAUAAUGUUUAUUGACUUGUAAUUCCAAUUAAUUUAUUUAAGUCGAUUAAAAUUCUACUUUGUAGGUCUGUUAGUCAUGCGAUCCUUCUUGUAGUACUUGUAGUGGUACUUCUACAAGUUGUACUUCCUGCUCAAAUAAUUACUAUACAUUAAAAAAUUUGCCUUCAGACACUAAUUUUUUAUGUUACUCUAUAUGCCCAGAUGGCUACUAUUAAUUUUCAUAAGAUUGUCUGAAAUGUGAUGUUUCUUGCAGUACUUGUACAGGCAAUUCUUUGAGUUGUACUGCAUGUUCAAAUAGUUAUUACCCCUAUAAAGCUACUCUUUCAGCAACUAACUUUUAAUGCUACUAAAUAUGCCCUAAUGGAUCUUACUUUCUACAAAACUAAUGUUUAUAAUGUGAUGCUUCUUGUAGUAUUUGUAUUGGCUCUUCUACAAACUGUACUACUUGUUCAAACACUUACUAUCCACUUAAAGAUUCACCCACUGCAACAAAUUUUUAAUGUUACUAAACAUGUCCAAAUGGUUAUUAUCUAUAAUUUUAAUAAUGCUUAAAAUGUGAUGCAUCUUGCAACACUUGCAGUGACAGCUCUUUAAGUUGUACAAAAUGCGCAAAUAAUUAUUAUCCACUUAAAACUACACCUUCAGCAACUAACUUUUAAUGUUAUUAAACAUGUCCCGAUGGUUAUUUCCUACUAUAAUAAUAAUGUUAAAAAUGUGAUGUCUCCUGUUAAACUUGUAAUGGGACUUCUAUAAGCUGUACAAAUUGCUCAAAUACUUAUUAUCCACUUAAAACUUCAGAUUCAGCUACGAAUUUUCAUUGCUAUUAGAUAACUCCAGAUGGAUAUUAUUUGGAUAGCAAUUAGUAAUAUAAAAAAUGUGACAUUUCAUGUAGUUCCUGCAGUGGUACUUCUACUAGUUGUACUGCUUGCAAGAAUACUUUUUAUCCACUUAAAAUUUAACCUUCUGAUACAAAUUAUAAAUGCUACUAAACUUGCCCAGAUGGUUACUUCUUACAGUAGUAAUAGUAAGAGUGCUAAUAAUGUGAUGUUUCAUGCAGUAAAUGUAUUGGUAAUUCAAAUAACUGUACUGCUUGUUAAAGCAGCUAUUACUAAUUUUUAACUACUAAUUCAGCAACAGAAUUUUAAUGUUAUCAAAUAUGUCCAAAUAAUUACUAGUUAAAAUAGAAUAUGUGUUAACAAUGCACAUUAUAUUCUUCUGAAGGGUGUCAUAGUUGUGGCACUACUUGUAAAUUAUGCUAAGCAAACCAAAUAAGUAAUUGCGUAAAUUGCUAUGAAACAAUGCAAAUUAGUGGAAGCUAAUGCAUUUGUAGAAAUCCAUAAGACUAAAGGAAUAUCUUCUAUCAGUGUAGUUAUGAUAAUUAUGCUGUUGUUUAAGCAAUCUUUGAUAGCAUAUCUCCAAUUUUAACACUUGAAUUUGGGUCUAAUUUAGUAAAUAUAAAUAAUCUUACAUGUGACCAAAUAUUUGAUUCUGCUACAUAUCUGUUGCUGGGUUCUAAUUCUAGCUGUGAAAUAAGUUAAACCAAAAUAGUUGUUUCCUUGAGUAAUGAUGCAAUCAUUAUGGCUAACUACACAUUAGGAUUUAAAAGUAAUUUUCUGUAAUUCUAAGGAUACACAAAAUAUAUAGAUACUUUCUAUUUGGUAUCAGUAGUAUAAAAUUUAACAACGCAACCAUCUGUAUAAGUUCAAUUUAAUGAUAUAGAAAAUUCAUGUAAUGACAUUUCUUUUGGAGUUAAAUCUGUUUUAAAUGAUGCCAAAAGAAGUUUCUUUUAUUUGUAAUGGAGCUUUGAUCCACUUUAAGGUUUGAGUGACUCUACUCUUUAAGCUAUAAAUACCAUAUUUUAGAAAACUAACUAACUAUAAAGUUAAAGUUUAGUGAUAAACAAAUAUGUAUUACCUCCUGAUAUUUCUAUUACUGUUCACCUAUUCUACAUACUAAAAGUGAACUAAAAUAGUACUCUUACAUUUAAAACAUUGAACUAAAAGACUAAACAACUUAUUGUCUAAAGCCUUUAGAGCAACUAUCCACCUAUAUAUAGAUAUAUGAAUUUGAAAAUUUUCUUUUCGUUUUUUAUACAAAUUUGUGACUAAUCAGGAACUCAAAUUACUUAAGAACCUUUAGAUAUCUAAAUUGUUUCUUAAGUAUUACCUUAACUCAACUAAAUCCAAAAUGAAUUUAAUGGAGAAUAAAUUGAAGUAGACAUCUAACCUUACUCUAUCCCUUAAAACACUGCAUUAGAUUUAUAAGUAAAUAUUGUAUUACACAGUAAUAAUGCUCUCAGUUCCUCAUAAAAAUAUUUAAUUACUCCUGAAUAAACUAAACUCUUUAUUUAGAUUUCUGGGGGUUCAGAUGAUAGACUAGUAGAUUAUAAGUCUAAUAUAACUUUAAUAGGUUAAGCUAGAGAUUACGAAAUUUAAGAUCCUAAUUCUCCUUAAGGAAUAUAAUUAAGUUGGACUUGCUAAAAUUAAGCUUCAAAUAACGGCGAUAACAAAUGCUAUGACUAUUUAAAAAAACCUUUUACUCCACAAUUAGAUACUCUUAAUCUUAUAAUUAAAGAAAGAACCUUUAAUCCUUAUUAACUCUUGAAAUUCUCUUUUAUGGGGCAAAAAGAUUAAAGAUAAGCUAAUCAAUCAAUAAUGCUAAUGAUUGCAGAGCUAGACAUUCCUCCUCUAAUAACUGUAUUUGAUGAUCCAUUAUAACUAUAAUAAGUAAAUAUUAAUGAUAAUAUUUCAGUUUAGCUUAUAUAUAACACAAAUAUAUCAACAAACCUUCUCACAUAUGCAGGCACUGUACUUUAUAAUAAUGUUGUUGUAGGAUUAAUUAAAUUUGAUUAUCUCAAAGUAAAAUUAAGAUUAUGGGAUUACUUUUCUGAUUAUCAAAUAGAUAAUCCAAUUAUCUAAGUAAGAUUUUCAGUUUAUAGCCCAUAAAAUAUUAUGCCAAGUUUAGCAAUAAUAAACUUUAACAUAAAUAUACCUCCUUAAAAUUGUAUUUUUAGUGUCACUCCUUAAACCGGAUUAGCCUUAUAAACUUUAUUCACAAUUUAAUUUACUGGAUGCACUACUUAAAAUAAUCCUUUAUUAUACUAAUUCUUUUACUAUAACUAAUUAAGUGAUUAUUAAAAUGAAAUUGAAGUACCUUAAAACAUUUUAAGAAGAUAAAUUUAAGACUCUAGUACCACUUAAUCAAUAGCAACAAUAUUGCCAUCAGGAAAGCUAUUAAUGAUUGGAUAAGCUAUGGAUUCAAAUUUAGCAAUAUUUAACUCUACUAUUCAACUGAAUAUCGAUUCUUACUAGUAAGAUGAGUAAACACUGAUAAAUUUAAUAAAUAAAGCAAUUGUAACCAGCUCUUUGAAAACAACAAGAAAUGCUAUUAUAAAUUUAUGUAUAAUUGGAGAAGAGAUAUCUAAAAAUAAUACCCUUUAUAAUCUUUCAUCUAUCAAUCAAUCAAAGAUUGCAUUGAUAUAGGAGAUAAUCAAUAUUGCAAAUAAGCUUCCAAAUACAUCUUUUUUAUCUACUUAUUCAAAUAAAGUGAUUGCAAUGAUACAGUCUUCUAUAGCGACUUAAUAGUAAUAACAAAGCUCUAGUAUUCUCAAUUAAAUUAAUUUAGUACUUAAUAAAUAGUCUUAAUUUACAAUUAAUACUAAUAAUAAACUACUAAAUAAUAACGACAUUGCCUAAUAAAAUUUAGUAGACUCUUUUAAAAUGCUAAAUUCAACAACAUUAAAUAUUGAUGUGAAUAAUUAGCCUUAAGAUUUACUGAAUACUUAAAUGAAUAUAUCAGAUCAAAUUGGAAAUUUGAUAAACAAUAUAACUCUCCCAAAUCAAGGCUAAUUUUAACUAAAUGGUAAUUUAAUUUCAUUAAGUUGUGAGCAAGUUACAUAAAAGAAUCUUUAGAAGUACUACUAUGGGUAAUCUUAAACUGCAUCAAAUGACUCUAGCAUUUACAGUGUUGUGAUCACUAACUAUACACAAAAUCCUUUUUAUAAGACAGAUGAAUUUUAAAAUUACGUCAAAGCCUUGUAAGUGAAUGCAACAUCUAAUUUCUAAAUAUCUAAUAAUACAGUUAUAAAACCUGUAAUACAAAGUAGCUCCAACAACUCAAAUUCAAGCUAAGAUAAAUACAUACAAAUGUCUUUCUCAAAUAUAAAGCCAUCUAAAUACAAUCUUACAUGCAUUUAGUAAUAAAAAUAAAUUUGGUCAUCAAGCAGUUGCACAACACUUAAAUAUUCGUAGAAUGGAAAAUAUGAUUGCAUAUGUAAAGAUCAAAAACCAACAACGAUUGCUGAAGACCUAACAAGUGUUUUAGACAAUAAAAAUUUGUAAACAGCAUUCAAUUCUGAUGGACUCUAGAAUAUACUUCAUUUUGAUACCUUCUAUGAGUAUGUUAUUUUUUGGAUUUUAAGUUUUGCAACUCUACUAUAGCUUGGUCUAUGCUACUUUGGUAAAACUAUGGAUAGCAAAAUUCCAGGUAAUAGUUAUUAAACAUUAGCGUCUGUAGUUUAGACUCCUCAAUUAAAUAAUGUUAAUUCCUAAUAACCAUAGGCAUAAUAACUUUAAAAUGAAGGAGAUUUAUAGAAUAAUUAAAUUUUAACCAACAAUGGAAUAUUUUAAUCUAAUCUAAAAAUUACUGAUAGCUCUAAGUUAAAAGAAUAAUAAGAAAAACAUGACAACAAAAGCUAAACUCUAUCUAUUCAUAAAAUAUCUUAAACAAGCCUAAAAAAUGUAGAUGAUCACAGAAUGGUUGAGGAUAUCAAAACUAAGAAUUCAUCCUAAAAAUAUGAUUAAAAUCAUGAGAUAAAGAUUUAAAGCAAUCAAAAUAAAUAAUAGGAAGUAGAUAAUUUAAAACUUAAAGACUAUGAGGAAUAAAAUGAUAAUAAGAAAUAUUAAUUUUAAUCAGACAAAAAAAUAACUUUCUAGACCUUUGAGGUUUAGUAUUUUUUAUCUAAGAAUAAUUCACUCGUUAAGUAUUUCAACAAUUUUUGA